AUGGGUUUAAUUGAAGAAGCACACAACGUGAAAAUUGUUGGUUCGGGUAACCAAACCAUAGUACUAGCCCACGGGUUUGGAACCGAUCAGUCGGUUUGGAAGCACCUUGUACCGCAUCUGGUUGACGAUUAUCGGCUCAUACUGUUUGAUAAUAUGGGCGCCGGAACCACCAAUCCGGAUUACUUUGAUUUUGAAAGGUAUUCGACACUGGACGGGUAUGCCUAUGACGUGAUUGCAAUACUGGAGGAGCUUCGGGUUCAGUCUUGUAUAUUUGUGGGGCAUUCUGUAUCCGCCAUGAUUGGGGCUAUCGCUUCGAUAACCCGACCCGAUCUUUUUACCAAGAUUGUCGCCAUCUCUGCUUCGCCGAGAUACUUGAAUGAUACAGACUACUACGGAGGAUUUGAACAUGAAGAGAUUCAACAAUUAUUUGAAGCCAUGCAAUCCAAUUACAAGGCAUGGUGUGAUGGAUUUGCACCUCUAGUCGUAGGAGGUGACAUGGAAACAAUGGCAGUCCAAGAAUUCAGCAGGACAUUGUUCAACAUGAGACCCGAUAUAGCAUUAAGUGUGGCACAAACCAUAUUUCAAAGUGAUAUGCGACAUUUGUUAAGUCAUGUCACUAUACCUUGUCACAUAAUUCAGAGUAUGAAAGAUUUAGCUGUUCCAGUGAUGAUUUCUGAGUACCUGCACCAGAACCUUGGUGGCCAAUCCAUAGUAGAAGUGAUGCAGACUAAUGGUCACCUACCUCAAUUGAGCUCGCCGGACGUUGUAAUUCCAGUGCUUCUUAGGCACAUUCGUUAUAACAUUGCUACUUGA